CCGGCCCCGCCCCGCGCGGCCCGGAAGCGCUCGCGCGCGCGCGCCGGAAGCGCGUCCCCCGCGGCCCGGCCAAGAUGGCGGCGGACGCCGCCACCGAGCUGCUGUUCCUGGACACGUUCAAGCACCAGAGCGCGGAGCAGAGUACCAACAUUGAUGUGGUUCGUUUUCCAUGCGUGGUUUACAUCAAUGAAGUCCGAGUCAUUCCUCCAGGAGUGAGAGCUCACACAAGUUUGCCUGACAACAGGGCUUAUGGAGAGACUUCCCCCCAUUCAUUUCAACUGGACUUGUUUUUCAACAAUGUCAGCAAACCAAGUGCCCCUGUUUUUGAUCGGCUGGGAAGCCUUGAAUAUGAUGAAAACACUUCAAUUAUUUUCAGGCCCAAUGCAAAGGUCAACACGGAUGGAUUGGUUCUUAGGGGGUGGUACAACUGUCUGACCUUGGCCAUAUAUGGCUCAGUUGACAGGGUAAUAACUCACGAGAGAGAGUCACCUCCUCCACCACCCCCGCCACCUCCACCUCCCCAGCAGCAGCCUGGAUUGAAAAGGAAUCCAAAACAUGUUGAUGGAGAGAAAGAAGACCAAUUCAAUGGCAGUCCUCCAAGACCACAGCCCAGGGGACCAAGGACACCUCCAGGCCCUCCUCCUCCUGAUGAUGAUGAGGAUGAACCUAUGCCAGUGUCAGUGGUUGGGGAAAAAGAAGAUGAUGUGGACCAUAGGGAGGAUUACUUUGAGCCGAUUUCUCCUGACCGAACGUCCAUUCAUCAAGAAAGCCAGUAUUCAGAUGAUGGAGAGGUAGAGGAAGAUCAACCUGAGGAAGGGGAAGAUGAUGAUGAUGUGGAUGUGGAGGAGGAGGAGGAUGAGGACGAUGAUGACGAUGAUGAUGAUGAUGGUCAUACAGUAGAGAGUAUUGCUGAUGAGGAAGAAGAGGAGGAGGAGGAAGAUGAUGAAGAUGAAGAAGAGGGUGAAGAGGAGGAAGAAGGCGAUGGAGAUGAUGGCUAUGAGCAGAUUUCAAGUGAUGAAGAUGUAAUUGCUGAUCUAGAACGUGAAACAUUUAAGUAUCCAAGCUUUGAUAUUGAAUAUACUCCUGAGGAUCUGGCAUCCGUGCCUCCUGUGACAUAUGAACCUUUUGAAAAGGAGCUUGGACCGCUUUUAUACUUCAGCUGCCCUUACAAGACUGUAUUUGAAAAUGAAGUUGCUAAAAUAAAGGACCAAGACCCAGAAAAAGAAAAUUCAGGGGCAGUGGAAGGCUCAGUUAAAUUAACUGAACUGUUGGAAUUAUAUCAAGAGGAAAGGGGUGCAAAGUGGGUCACGGCAUUAGAAGAAAUUCCAAGUUUAAUAGUUAAAGAAUUGAGCUACCUGCUGGUGAAAGACACAAAGCAAGACUAUAUUACCCAGCUAGUAGACUGGACCCUGCAGGCUUUAAACCUUCAGGUGGCUCUCAAACAGCCCAUUGCUUUGAAUGUUCGACAGCUCAAAGCUGGGACAAAAUUGGUGUCCUCGUUAGCAGAAUGUGGGACUCAAGGAAUAACGGCACUCUUGCAGGCAGGAGUUAUUAAUGUGUUGUUUGAACUGUUGUUUGCAGAUCAUGUAUCAUCAUCCCUUAAACUUAAUGCUUUUAAAGCUUUGGAUAGUGUCAUUAGUAUGACUGAGGGAAUGGAAAUGUUUCUAAGAGGUGGCACAGAUGUACAUGAAAAAAGUGGUUAUCAGAAACUCCUGGAACUCAUACUGUUAGAUCAGACUGUGCGAGUUGUUACAGCUGGUUCUGCAAUUCUCCAGAAAUGUCACUUCUACGAGAUUCUGUCAGACAUUAAAAAGGUGGUGGAUCAGUUAGCAGAGAACACUCCUCCUCUUCCUAAUCACACAGAGCCAGAACAGGACCAGGAUGGACUUGAAAGAACCAACCAAGAAUAUGAAAAUGAUGUGGAGGCUCCUAUGGAUAUGGAUCAUCUUUUGGAAUCUUCUAAUAUAAGCGAAGGAGAGAUGGAAAAACUUGUUAGUCUUCUUGAAGAGAUCUUCCAUUUGAUGGAAACUGCUCCUCAUACAAUGAUUCAGCCCCCUGUGAAAUCUUUCCCAACCAUGGCACGCAUUACGGGCCCUCCAGAAAGGGAUGAUCCUUACCCUGUCCUCUUUAGAUAUCUUCAUAGUCACCAUUUCUUGGAAUGCAUUACUUUGCUGCUGUCUCUUCCAGUGACGGGUGCACAUCCAGGUGUGCUUCAGGCUAUCCGAGAUAUAUUGCGUUUCUUGGCACAGUCACAGAAGGGUCUUCUUUUCUUUAUUUCUGAGCACGAAGCAACAAACUUGUUGGUUAGAGCACUUUGUCAGUUUUCUGAUCCAGACCAAGAGGAAGGUCUGCAGUCAGAUGGUGCCAACGAGGAUACUUUUGCCCUGUGGCUCCUGCAUUCAACACAGACAUUACAGUGCAUUUCGGAAUUGUUCUGCCACUUCCAGCGGUGCACGGCCAGCGAGGAGACUGACCACUCAGAUCUGCUGGGAACACUGCACAACCUUUACUUGAUCACCUUUAACCCUGUAGGAAGAUCUGCUGUGGCUCAUGUAUUCAGUCUGGAAAAAAAUCUCCAAAGUCUUAUUACUUUAAUGGAGUACUAUUCCAAAGAAGCUUUGGGAGACUCAAAGUCUAAGAAGUCAGUUGCUUAUAAUUAUGCCUGCAUCCUUGUUUUGCUGGUGGUACAAUCUUCCAGUGAUGUUCAAAUGCUGGAACAGCACUCAGCACCUCUGCUGAAGCUUUGUAAAGCAGAUGAAAAUAACACCAAGUUGCAAGAGCUCAGCAAGUGGCUUGAACCCUUGAAAAAUCUUAGAUUUGAAAUAAAUUGUAUUCCAAAUCUUAUUGAAUAUAUCAAGCAGAAUAUUGACAGUUUGAUGACUCCAGAUGGAGUUGGUCUUCCCACUGCACUUCGUGUUCUCUGUCAUAUUGCAUGUCCACCACCCAUGGUAGAAGGUCAACAGAAAGACCUUAAAUGGAAUCUUGCAGUUAUUCAGCUCUUCUCUUCUGAGGGAAUGGACACCUUCAUCCGGGUGUUGCAGAAGCUGAACAGCAUCCUUAUUCAGCCUUGGCGACUCCAUGUCAACAUGGGCACCACGCUGCACAGAGUCACCACUAUUUCCAUGGCCCGCUGUACACUGACUCUCCUUAAAACAAUGCUGACAGAACUCCUGAGGGGUGGAUCCUUUGAAUUCAAGGACAUGCGUGUUCCUGCAGCACUUGUUUCUUUACACAUGCUCCUCUGCUCUAUUCCUCUCUCAGGCCGCUUAGAUAGUGAUGAACAAAAAAUCCAGAAUGACAUUGUUGAUGUCUUACUGACUUUUACACAAGGUGUUAAUGAAAAACUUACCAUUUCUGAGGAAACUUUAGCGAACAAUACUUGGUCUUUAAUGCUGAAGGAAGUUCUCUCAUCCAUUUUGAGAAUUCCUGAAGGCUUUUUCUCUGGACUUAUACUGCUUUCAGAGUUGUUGCCUCUUCCACUGCCCAUGCAGACUACUCAGGUAAUUGAAGCCCAUGACAUUGCAGUGGCACUCAACACCAGGAAGCUGUGGAGUAUGCACCUCCACGUGCAGGCCAAGCUGAUCCAGGAGAUCGUUCGCUCUUUCUCCGGCUCGUCCUGCCAGCCCAUUCAGCACAUGUUGAGGCGCAUUUGUGUUCAGCUGUGUGACUUGGCUUCACCUACUGCUCUCCUCAUCAUGAGGACAGUAUUGGAUCUAAUUGUAGAAGACCUGCAAAGCAACACAGAAGACAAGGAGAAACAGUACACUGGGCAGACCACUCGACUGCUUGCUUUAUUGGAUGCCCUGGCUUCACAUAAAGCUUGUAAAUUGGCUAUUUUGCAUCUUAUCAAUGGAACUACUAAAGGAGAUGAAAAGUAUGGAGAGGUUUUCCAGGAGCUCUUGGCUUUGAUGCGAUCAGCUGGGGACAAUGUCACUCAUCAACAGUGCUCUGAAUAUGUAACUUCCCUUUUGCAGUCCCUCUGUGAUCAGGAUAUUGCACUUAUUUUACCAAGUUCAUCAGAAGGCUCUGUGUCUGAAUUAGAGCAGCUUUCCAACUCCUUACCAAGCAAAGAGCUGAUGCCCUUAAUUUGUGACUGUCUGAUGGAAACAUUAACAAAUUCUGAGAGCAGUUACAGUUGUCUGCUGACAUGCAUCCGAACAAUGAUGUUCCUUACAGAGCAUGACUAUGGCUUCUACCACUUGAAGAGCUCUCUAAGAAAACACAGCAAUGCUCUGUACACUGUAUUAAAGCGAGUAAUAACUAGUUUCAGCAAAGACACGGGUGAACUGGCCUCUUCAUUUUUGGAUUUUAUGCGACAGAUUCUAAACUCUGAUACACUGGGAUGUUGUGGAGAUGAUGGAAGCCUUAUGGAAACAGAUGGAUCCCAUUCAGGAAGAACGCUGGGUCUUACCACUGCAGAGUUAAAACAUCUACUGCAGAACAAAGAAGAAACCCCAGAAAGCCUGCUUCUUGAUCUGGAGAAACAUGUUAUGGAUCGUUCUAAGGAAGAUGAUGGCCUCGAAUCCUUACUGGACAACAUUGUUGGAGUAAGGCAGAUGUUGGAAUCAGCGGGUGAUUCUUGUCCACUGAGUGACCAAGAUGUUGAGCCUACUCUUUCUGCACCAGACUCUCUUCAGAACUUGUUUAACAACAGGACUACGUAUGUGUUGGCAGAUGUGAUGGAUGACCAGCUGAAGUCCAUGUGGUUCUCACCCUUUCAGGCUGAAGAAAUAGACACUGACCUGGAUAUGGUAAAAGUUGACUUAAUUGAACUGUCAGAGAAGGGCUGCAGUGACUUUGACUUGCAAGCUGAAUUGGAGAGGUCAUUUUUGUCAGAACCAUCAUCUCCUGGACGCACAAAAACCACAAAAGGGUUCAAGCUUGGCAAGCACAAGCAUGAAACCUUCAUAACUUCAAGUGGGAAAUCUGAGUACAUAGAGCCUGCAAAGAGAGCUCAUGUUGUGCCACCACCCAGAGGAAGAGGAAGGGGAGGAUUUGGACAAGGAAUUCGACCACACGACAUCUUCCGUCAGAGGAAACAGAACACGAGCAGGCCACCCUCCAUGCAUGUGGAUGAUUUUGUUGCUGCAGAGAGCAAAGAAGUGGUUGCUCCAGAUGGGAUACCACCAGCCAAAAGGCCACCAAAAGUGUCACAGAAGAUUUCUUCACGUGGUGGGUUCUCAGGGAAUCGUGGAGCACGAGGAGGUUUUCACAGUCAGAACAGGUUCUUUACACCACCUGCUUCAAAAGUUCAUCGUCCCCGGUGUGAGAUCUUCCUGAAGCAGAGUUGUUGCAAUGAGUUGUUUAGCACCAGGAAAGUUUCUCUUGAAGGAAAUUACAGUCGUCGUGAAGGUGCUCGAGGCUCAAGUUGGAGUGCACAGAGUACGCCCAGGGGAACCUACAAUGACAGUAGAGGUGGUCAAAGCAAUUUUAACAGGGGUCCACUGCCACCACUGAGACCAUUAAGUUCAGCAGGCUACCGACCGAGUCCUCGCGAUCGUGCUUCCAGAGGCCGUGGAGGAAUUGGACCGUCUUGGACAAGUGCUAAUAGUAGUAGCAGUGGUGGCUCAAGAGGGAAAUUUGUUAGUGGAGGCAGUGGAAGAGGUCGUCAUGUACGUUCCUUCACACGAUAAAAUAAGACCCAGUGGUGGAACAGCUCAACCUUGUGGACUUCUGUGAAGAUGACAAAGCAAGCAGCGUCACUAACGGACCAAUUCAGAGUUUCUGGUAUCUGGAGGACACCAAGAGAAUAUUUUUGUCUGAAGAAAAAGCUUUUGUUUGAUACAAGAAUUGAAAUUUCAAUAAAAUCCAAGACUUUUUGUGUACAAUUGUAAAGUUUUUGUUCCUUUUGAAAGAAUGUUUCAAUUUUUUUGUGGAUUUCAAUAGACAAUACUCAGUAAAGCACCUCUUUGAGUUAAGACUUGAAGGACUUCUUAAAUAUUCUUUGUGCCAAAAGAAAGGUGCAAAUGUUUUGUGUGUGACUUAUUACUGCAAGAAAAUUAAAAUAUGUAUGUAAGGCAAUUCUGUUUUUUUUUUUUUCUCUCAGGUUUAGAGCCAUUAGCCCUUUUUUCUUUUGUUAUUUUGUUAGCCAGUCUGGGUUAUUAACGAAUGAGGUGUGUCUGCCAGCAGGUGAAGUAGCCAAUGAUAGAAGAAUAACUGAAAGUAAUGAAUCUGUUAAAGUACACAAAUGUAAAUGUAAUUUAUGUAGGUUUUGUUGGACAUCUUAGGAAAUGAGAUUAGAAACUUCUAAGUCCCACACCAGGUAAAAAUUAAAAAAAAACUGUCCUAACUUAAGGGAGAAUAAGUCCACAUUCCAUCACGUACUUUACAACUCCAGCUUAUGCAUUAGGAGCACAGGAGUUAUUUCACUGGAAAGCAGCAUAUACUUUCAGCUAUAAAGCAAAUACUCACACCCUUAGAGUACCUGGAGUUAAUUUGUUCCCUGCCUCUCCUCUGCCUAACGUAGUUGAGGAGAGGGCAGAGACACAGGUGCAUAACCUGAGCCAGCAUGUAGUCAGGUAGUGAUGUUAAACCUGGUCUGUAAAGAACUGGAGUUUUGUUCCUGUGAAUAGACUGAGACACAGUGCAAAGAGAAAAAGGACGAGUAGGAAUUAAUACAGAAAUGUCACUACUUGAUUAAAUUCUGAAUUUAUUUUCAUAUUGAAUCAGUGAAGUAAGGUUUUAUGUGUUUUCAUUCCUUUGGGCUCCAUGGGUUUCAUAGAAUUAACAGCUUUUUCAAUAGCCAUUGCAUUUUUGGACAGGGUGGAGUGUGGGACUCUAAAAGCCACAUGCAAUAUUUGCAAAUGAGCUCCACUGUGAGACUUCGUUUGAUUUUCACUUAUGCUUGGUCUGUUGACAUUACAGAAGUGCUGUAGAGUGGUCUUACUCUACUUAAAUACUGCCCAUAUCGUGUUUCAAGUGUUUCUAAAGUAUGGUAAUAUUUAAAUUGAAAUGAUUUUACCUUUAUACUGCCUGACUAAAUUAAGUAGGUUUUUCAUUUGAUACACGGAAGGCCCCUUUUCUAUUUUUCCUGCAUGGAGACUCUGAGACUGUCCCACUGCUUGGGAGGUGAUUGCAUAACCUAUGAAAGUGAGAAACAUCCAUGAAUUGACUGAUGGCACCUGCGAGGAACUAUCGGUUCUUAAAGGGUUUAACCUUAUUUAAAAUAACAUGGACAAAUUUGGAUUGGAAGCCAAACAAUUUUCUGAAUAGUAAAAUAAGAGGAAGAUGUAAUUUUACUAAUAAUGACUAAAAUGGGAGGAGCUUUCACAGACAUUGCUGUCAUUAAUGCUAUUUUUUUAAGGAGCACUGCAUAAAUAUUUUUAAAGCUGAGUUGCUCCUUUAUACCAUGUCUUUAAGGUGGUUUUAUUUUUUUAGAAAUGUUACUGUUUUCAAAACUAGCAGGGAUAUAAAUAAUUUGUUUUGUCAGGGAAUUUGAAAUUAAAAGUAAAGUGUCAACCAUGGAAUAAAUAUGUAAAUAUUCAGUACUGGUUCUUCAGAGUUUAAAAUAUACAGCAUGCCACAUUAGUAAUUUUCAAACUAGCAGGAAAUAAAGGGUUGGUUACAUUGGUGUACAAAAGCUGUGUAAAUUUAAACUUGAAAAAAUAAGUGUGUGUAUAUCAUGUUUUUUGUUUUGUUUUGCCUUUUUUACUAAUGAAUUUAGUUCUGUGACCCUUCAUUACAAAGUGGUUCCUUUCAUGGAUAAAAUCAGCAUGAAAUAAUGCUGUUUAAAACUCAGGUGUUACUUGGUUUGCUUUUUAAAAUGGGAUUGCUACCAUGAGUAAAUAACACUUCAAAGAA